AUUCUAGAUCUGAUUCUAUUUUGGACAAUAAUUCAUUAAAUAUCAAAUUCUUGUUGGACUUGCGUCAACGUCACGAUGCUCAUUCGGAAAGAAACCUUGAACAAAUUAAGUUUUCUUCUAAAAAUAAUAAUGAAAGAAAUGUUCUAAAUAAGUUUAAUAUAAAUAAGGCUAGCACUCUUUUUCCAUUACAAAUUAGAUCUUUUAUAAUAGCUAAAUUUGAUAACAUGUUGUGUAUUGCUCAAGUUAUUGCUAUGUAUGAACAAGAUAAUUUAUUUCAUUUAUAUAUUGACACAUCUGUUUCAGAUCUUGAAUCUCUUUCUUAUAUAUCUUUAAAAAUUUUUUUUCACAUUAAUGGUGCAGUUUUUUCAACAACUCGUGAUCAUCAAUUUUAUAUUUUUUCUCAUCCUGAAGGUUCAUAUAUUGUUCAUCAUUUGGCUUCUAAAGAUAUUAAUAUUGAUAAGGAA